UGAAUUUGACAGGAAAAUCAGCCGAAGAAGACAAUCCAAUACUUCGAAGGUCAUUUGAAAAGGUUGAAGUUUGAUACAGAUACGCCAGCAUGACUGUGAUGAAUGCAGAUGUCUUGAAGCAGCGAAAGCGCAUCAACAGGAAGCUGACGCAAGCAGCCAACGCCAAUGCUUCCGCGGUUCUGAACGUGGUGGCAGAGGAGCUGUCCUUGAUGAACGGCGUCAACACAGCCACCGCGCUUCACCGCAUCGCGCGCCAUUGCGUGAAGGGCGAAGCCGGGCCCGAUGGAGCCGCACCUGAGGCAAAGAAAGAGGUUGAGGCGCACCCGGCUUUUGGAGCCCUGCUGCGGACCGUGGAACAACAGGCGGAGAUGUCACUUUUGGCGGACCAUGAUGUUGCAGAGGAGAUUCUUCCUGCCCAGUGUGCAAGCAUCAUCGCAUGGUCCUUGGCCUGCUUGGACGUCCACAACGAUCGGCUCAUGGUCAUCUUGGCCACGUUGGCACAGCCUCGACUGCACGAGUUCAAGUUUUACGAGGUGACCAAUAUGCUUUGGGCCUAUGCCAAGCUCCGAGCUGUAGGCCUGGCGCCUCAACUGAUCUCCACGAUCGCCCAGCGCCUACAGCAGCGCCGCCCAGGGGAAUACAAGGCACAUUGCCUCUCCUUGGCGGUAUGGGCCUUUGCGGAGGCCCACUGGCCCGAUGAGGCGCUGAUGUCCUCGCUGGCAGAGGAGCUGGCAAAGCAGGCCGAGUCCUUACAACCGCAAGAGAUUUGCAAUAUUUGUUGGGCCUUGGCGGGACGGGUGCAAAGCCGUGCAGCGCUCCACGAAACGGUGUACUGCGCGUUGAUGCAAGGUGAUGUCUUAAGGCGGUGUAAGGCUGAAGAGUUCUCAAAUUUUAUGCUGGCGGUCACCGCAGGUCACCUGAAUUUCCCGGGAUUCUUCGCCAAAGUGGGUGCCACUGCUGUGAGGUUGGCGAAGAGCAUGAAGCCCAAACACAUCGCCAGUACGCUGAGUGCCGUGAGCGCCGUGUCCGGCCGCGGACAGAGUCUUCCCGACCUGUCGUCUCUGUUGGACGUGGCCACGGAGCAGGUUUUUCAGUUCCAGCCUCAUGAGCUGGCCGCCACUGCCAAGGCUGCAGCGAAACUACGUCCAGAUCAUCCAGGAUUCUUCAAGGCGUGCAGUACCAACCUGGUGCUGAAGCUCUCGGAGCUAAGUGUGGAGAAUCUGUCGGAUCUGAUCGAUGCCUUCACCCAUUGCUCUGACGUGCAGGCUUCGAACUGGGCCAUGUACUGGUUGCUCAACGAGCGCCAGCGCCGCCCCGACAGCGCCGCCUUCCGGCGCCGCCACGGCUCUGCUGCGGCGAGCACGGCGGCGAGCACCGGGGGAAGGAACGAACGUGAUGCUUCAGACACUGAAAGUGCGGAUCGCGGUAGCGAGGAGUCUCCUGGUCGCGGCAAGUGCAUGGCUCCACAUUCUCCAGGGCCAGGGCCGUGUGAUAUGGGGCUCCCAUGGAAGGUGGUGUCGCUGCGACCCCCUCCGGGCUUGGAGCCUGAAGGUUUCAAGCUAACACAGACCUACCUCGCAGACUCCGUCUCAUUCUUCACAUUGUAGAACUGGUUCUUCUCAGUGCAUUUUUCGAAUUCGUGCGGCGCGUGUUGCGCUGGUCGCGCUUGUCCUUACCAGCAGAAGCGGUUUCAAGCGCCUAAGGCGUGACGCGGCGUUCGUUUUUGGGGCGUGUGGAGGAGAAUUGAAAGACACACGUAUUUUUCUAAGGCUUGAAGC